AUGCCGAAGCUAUCUUCUGUUGCUACAGCCUUCUUUCUUAUCUUUGCCUUGGCCAUUUUCAGUGAAGUCUAUCCCCUAAAAGCGCUCUUCUGGUGUGCACCGGCCUUUGACGUUCGGUGCUCUGCAACUUCACAUAAGAAGCCUUGUUUAUUCUACUGCAACUAUUGUUGUGCGAAAUGUUUAUGCGUCCCCUCCGGCACGUACGGGCACAAGGAGGAAUGUGCAUGCUACAACAAUUGGAAAACUAAGGAAGGCGGACCCAAGUGCCCAUGA